CGAACCGUCGGUCUUACCUUUCCCCCGCAGCGACAAACAUCGCUUCGUUCGUUCGUAGCUCUUCUUGCUCUCACGCGGAAUCUUGAACCGAGAGGGAAUUCGCUUUCGCGAUGGCUUCCGAUGCUGAUAUGGAGGACUAUGGUUUUGAGUACUCGGACGAGGAGCCGGAGGAGCAAGAUGUUGAUAUCGAGAACCAGUAUUACAAUUCCAAAGGCCUGGUUGAAACAGAUCCUGUGGCGGCACUGGAAGGUUUCGCGGAAGUUGUUCGAAUGGAGCCUGAAAAGGCUGAAUGGGGAUUUAAAGCUUUAAAACAAACUGUUAAGCUUUACUAUAAGCUUGGGAAGUUCAAAGAAAUGAUGGAGGCAUACAGAGACAUGUUGACUUAUAUUAAAUCUGCAGUGACUCGCAAUUAUAGUGAAAAGUGCAUAAAUAAUAUAAUGGAUUUUAUUUCUGGGUCUGCCGGUCAGAACUUUGGUCUAUUACAAGAGUUUUAUCAGACCACCUUGAAGGCCCUUGAAGAGGCAAAGAAUGAGAGGCUAUGGUUCAAGACAAAUCUGAAAUUAUGCAAAAUAUGGUUUGAUAUUGGUGAAUACGGGAGGAUGAGUAAGAUUUUGAAGGAGCUCCAUAAGUCUUGCCAGAAGGAAGAUGGUACCGAUGAUCAGAAGAAAGGCACACAAUUACUUGAAGUUUAUGCAAUUGAGAUCCAAAUGUACACUGAGACUAAAAACAACAAAAAACUGAAAGAACUAUAUCAGAAGGCAUUAUCUGUUAAAUCUGCUAUUCCUCAUCCCAGAAUAAUGGGAAUCAUUCGUGAAUGUGGUGGAAAGAUGCAUAUGGCAGAGCGACAAUGGGCAGAAGCAGCUACUGAUUUUUUUGAAGCUUUCAAGAACUAUGACGAAGCUGGAAAUCAGAGGCGCAUUCAAUGCCUAAAGUAUUUGGUCCUGGCAAACAUGCUGAUGGAAUCAGAGGUCAAUCCAUUCGAUGGUCAAGAGGCAAAACCUUACAAAAAUGACCCUGAGAUCCUGGCGAUGACUAACCUUAUCGCAGCGUAUCAAAGGAAUGAGAUUCUGGAGUUUGAAAAAAUUCUGAAGAGUAACAGAAGAACGAUUAUGGAUGAUCCGUUCAUUCGAAAUUACAUUGAAGAUCUUCUGAAGAAUGUGCGGACUCAAGUCCUACUUAAGCUCAUCAAGCCGUACACUAGAAUUCGCAUCCCCUUUAUAUCAAAGGAGCUUAAUGUACCAGAGAAAGAUGUCGAGGAGUUAUUGGUCUCUCUGAUUUUGGACAAUCGGAUUCACGGGCACAUUGAUCAAGUGAAUCGGCUGUUGGAGUGUGGCGACAGGUCGAAGGAAAUGAAGAAAUACACUGCGAUAGACAAAUGGAACAUGCAGCUCCAGUCGCUGUAUCAAACAGUGAGCAACCGUGUGUACUGACCCGACCAUAAAUAUAAGAAGACAUACAUACAUACAAUGUAUGAUUCGAGUUUUGGUGUCUGGGAAAUGUCAUUUCAUUACCUGAACAUAUAAUGUGUAUGGAGUCAGUGUGGUUGGUGCAUGACAGUCAGUUUGGGCAUUACUAUUGCUAUUGCAAUUUGUGGCUUUAACGUUGCAGCACUUUGCAAAAUUUGCUUGAGUAGUUUUAUGGCUCUUCCCAAUUCCUUUUGAUUUA